UUAUACUACACCUAGGUCGUAGAUUAUACCGUAGAUUAGAUCUAGAUCUAUAUUCUAUAGACAACGAUCUAAGAAAACAUUAUAUAAUCUAAUCUAGACUCUUUAACGAUCUAGAAAAGGAUCUAGUCAUCUAGAUCUAUUUUUCUAGAAUCUAGAGAUAUACAUAAACUGCCAUCAUCAUCAUGAUAAACUACAGUACAUUUAUUUAUUUUUUUAUUUAAAACACUAGUCUAGACUGUUGAGUGUUAGUACUGUUGUGGCUCUGACUCUGACAGUCACAGGCUCUGUAAAUUUUGAUGUCAUCUGUAUUUUAAAUCUGUAAUAAAUUAUAGAUCUACUUCUACUCCGUACAUAAACAAAACAUUACAUACUGUAACAUAGUACAUAGAUGAUAGAUAGAUUAUAAUAUAAUAUAAAUAUAUAUUUUAAAUUAUAGUUACUAGGUAACUAUAAACUAGUAGUACAACAUUACAACGUAACAACCCUAUCACUAUAGACAGUCUAUGUCUAUACUCUAUACUAUAGUAUUAGUAAAAAAGAAAACUUAAAUAGACCACUGGCGGACAACGGCUUUGUUUGCACGAGAUGCAGAAAAUGUAGUCUUGGUUGCAACUGGGUUUUCGUAGUCAUGUGAAAGACUGCACUCAUCCUAAAUCUUCAGAAUUGAAAACAUUGCCAUUAUUAUCUGACUGCUCAGCUAUGCAUAUUCCAUAUUGCCAAUAUUGGUACAUCUUAUUAUCAACGUUUGUAACAUUGUGUCGUACAGAUUUCAAUGAAUAUCUCAUGGAUGAAUCUACAGGAUAUAGUUACGAUGCUCACAAAGCUUUGAUUUUCUGUUCUUUCUUGCCAUUGGAAUUUCUAAACUGUAGUAAUCCAGAAGAUCUCAAAGGAAAUGUUACUAAAAGAAAUGAACUGGGUUAUGGUUGUACAAAAUGGGGCGGAGAAAGGUUUGAAGAUGUUCAGACCACAAGUGUUUGGUGUACAGCUCUCCCUGGCAUCGAGUGUUAUGGCAACAGAACAUUUCUUAGAGAUGGCUUCCCUUGUAUAAUGUAUAAUGGACACUAUUUUGUCACAACUUUAAUUUAUUCGGUUCUAUUAGGAUUUCUUGGAAUGGACAGGUUUUGUCUUGGUCAUACAGGUACUGCAGUUGGUAAACUGUUGACGCUGGGUGGAGUAGGUAUUUGGUGGAUUAUUGAUGUUAUUUUAUUAGUAACGGGUCAACUGAAACCUGAAGAUAAAAGUAACUGGGUGCCAUAUUAUUAAUUUAAAAGGACAUUGCAAAAAGUGCUUGUUAAAUAUUUUUACCAAAUGACAAGUGAAUGAUUUGUUGACUUACUGCAAAUAUAUAUUAACAAGAUCUAAUAUAAUAUAUUCUUACACAAUUAAAAAAUUUAUUUGCAAUGAACAUGUUUUCUGUAGGAUUUUGUACACAUUAGGUCUCAAAAACAUGACACUGAUCUCACAAGGAAUGGUAGCAACUCUUGUUCUUCUCCAUUUCUUUGUUACAUGCAGAGGGCUUACACCUGAUUCUAAUUUUGUCAUUGUGCUACUGAUUAUACAUAUGAUUUGCAUGAGCUGCUAGUGUGUUCAUGAAUGGAAUAUAUGAAAACAAUUGUAUUGUACGAAUGACUUCUAUUCAUUGAGUUCAUCAGUGUUUGUCAUCAUUUUCUCACUAUUAUAUCACAUCAUGUAUAUAUUAUGUAUCAUGUAUAUACUGUGUAAGCCAGUCUGCAAUUCUUAUUUGUUACAAUGUUACUGGUACCAAAUGUUAAUUCAACUAUUAAAUUGAUGUAAUCAAAUACUGAAAUAAAAUGUUCUUUUAA